AUGGCGGCACUCGACGAGGGGCUGUGGUCGUGGUGGUGGCGCACCAGCAACGACCGAGAUGCGGUAGCGCGAAACGUCCUUACUCUAGCCAUCUCGUUUCUCCUGCUCCUCCUCCCAUGGCUGCUCCUUUCCAGAAGGUCCGCCCGCCUCCCUCCAGGGCCGCCGGGCUGGCCCUUCGUCGGCAACCUCCUUUCGCUGAAGCCCAACCUCCACGAACAUUUCACCGACCUCGCUUGCCGCUACGGCCCCAUCCUCAGGGUCUACCUCGGCACCAAGCUCGCCGUGGUCGUCAGCUCGCCUUCCCUGGCCGAGCAGGUGCUGAGGGAGCACGACAGGAUCUUCGCCAAUAGAGACCCUCCUGCCAUCGCCCCGCGCAUAACCUACGGCGGUGUGAACAUUGUCUGGACUUCCGAUGGGCCAACCUGGCGCAUGCUAAGGCGGAUCUGCGUCCGGGAGAUGCUCGGCUCCACGGUCCUGGACUCGCUUUACCACCUGCGCCGGUGGGAGGUCCGGCAGAUCGUGGCCGACAUCUAUAAAAAGUCCGGCGAGCCGGUGAAUAUAGGCGAGCACGUGUUCGUGGCCAUUGUCGGGACCAUAACGAGUAUGAUGUGGGGAGCGACGGGUGAGGAAGGGGAGGAGAGGAGGAAGCUCGGCGCUCGUUUCAGGAGUUUGGUCGGUGAGCUGACGGAGCUUCUGGGGAGGCCUAACUUGGGGGAUGCGUUUCCGGCGUUGGCGCCACUUGACCUUCAAGGUGUGAAUAGAGAUGCAGACAAGGUUCUUCCUUACUUUCAUGACAUGAUCAACUCCAUGAUAGAGAGGAGAUAUAAGAUGGUGGAUAAAGGGAGUGAUUUCUUGGGUUAUCUUCUCAGAGUGAAGGAGCAAGAGGAUGAGAAGACGCCGCUCACCAUGAACCAAGUGAAGGCAUUACUGAUGGACAUGGUGGUAGGCGGAACGGACACAACAUCCAAUACACUGGAAUGGGCAAUGGCGGAAAUGCUGCAGAAACCAGAGAUACUGAAGAAAGCGCAGAGAGAACUGGAGGAGGUGGUCGGAAUCGACGGCAUAGUAGAGGAGUCGGACGUGCCGAAGCUGCACUAUCUCAGGGCCGUCGUAAAAGAGACGCUACGCCUGCACCCGGUUCUGCCGCUGCUCGUGCCUCACUGCCCCAGCUCCUCCUGCAAUGUAGGCGACUACGUCAUCCCAAAGGGCACAAGGGUUUUCAUCAAUGUCUGGGCGGUUCACAGAGAUCCUGCGUGCUGGGAUAAUCCCUUGGAGUUCGAUCCCGAGAGGUUUCUGAGAGAAACCCACUGGGAUUUCACCGGCAAUGAUUUCCGAUAUUUUCCCUUUGGGUCGGGGAGGAGGAUAUGCGCCGGCAUUGCCAUGGCCGAGAGGAUGGUCGGCUUCUGCUUAGCUUCUCUGAUACAUUCCUUCAACUGGCGUGUGCAGGAGGGAGAGAAGCUCGACCUCGCGGAGAAGUUUGGCAUUGUGAUGAAGAAGGCUGUUCCGCUUCUUGCUGUUCCUGAACCAAGGUUGCCCAAGCCAGAACUGUACGUAUGAAGUCAUGAAGUUGAAGCGUCAGAUGAUUAUAUAGACUGGUCAUGUUUACCUGAAGACAUCUGUAUUUUGUGAAAAUUGUUUUCUUAGUUUUCCGCUGCAUCUUCUUCAGAGGGUUGGUCGAUAGCUAGCCUUCAGGGAUGACCAGAAUAAGUUUAUCUGGCAGGCGCUAUAUGCCUCAUUAGUGCAAGUCCUAGUUUAUUUAUGUAAGAGAUUUUAUGAUGAGAGGGAAGGGUUGUUGAUAAGAUUGUUAGUAUUGGUUUCUUGUUCAUUGCCAUAAAACAAUUGUAAGAAAAGGCAAAUAAAAGAUGGAAGAAUGCAGAGAAAGGCCAAAUAACAGAGACUAGCUGAGUUAAUAUGAAAGAGAGCUAAUAAGAAACAGAGAAGAAUGAGAAAACAGAGCAUAAGACGGCGAGGAAAAGAACACAAGAUAAAAGCCAAAAGAGCUCCCCACUCGCCGCCCUGCCCUUUUUUUUUGUUUAUGCAAUAACAUGGUACAAAUGAUUGGCUAGAAGAAUUGCAGCUUGUUUCAGGAUUCUACAAUUUUCUACAAACUUCUGAUAACAAACUUCUUCUAGACGCAUCCAUGGAGUAACUGGAAGGAAGGCAACAUAAAAGGAAUUUAUCAAUGCAAGCUGC